AUGCGCGGGUCGGUUCUGAUAACACUGCUCCAGGGAAUGCUUUGCUUUCCAAAGUUCCUUUGUUUUGAUGGUUUGCUCAAAGAUUAUGAACCCUGUCCGGGGCAGUGUGUUGGGGGCUGUUUUGGGGUUUCUUGUGCUAUCCUGUCUUCAUGUUUUGGCUGCUCUGGUGGAGAUGGACUUCUGAUAAGGGGCAAUUUUAGUUUUGUUCCGUCCCGAUUGAUUGUUGGUGUUGGCCGCAAAGACCACCUGUCGAAGUGGGGUUGUCAGGAGUAUGGUAUUGGGCCUCUGGUAUUGGAUGGGAGUCAUGAAACUAUGCUGAGACGCCCAUGCACCAUAGCCUCAAGAUCGCAGUCCAGGCUUGCUUUGUUCAAUGAAGCUGAAAUCAUUCCUGACUGUAGAAUCGACAAAACGAUACAGCGAGAGGUCAUCAACAAAUGGGCGAUGCGCUACUUGAGGGAGCAUUCCUUGUUGUUUCUAGUAGAUCCAGAUCUAGAAAAUAACUUACUGGUGGACAACAAGAUUGAAUAUAAAGGGCUUGAUGGUGAGAGUCAUGAUGAACCUACAGUGGUGGUACCGAGUGCUCCCACCACACCUCAUGUUGAGAAGGAAAAGCCGGAAGAAGAGUUUCGGCUCUUUGAGGCCAUGAGACAUUCUAAUGAUUCAAAGACUUGUUUUUGGGUGGAUGUGGUGGAUAGAAGAGUCGACAUGGAGCUGCAUAGAAAUGAUAAAACCAUUGCUUUGGAAGCUUUUCUAGUGGGAGAUAUUGAGAGGACUCUGGACAAUGAUACUCAAGAAGUUGUAAACAUGUUUGAGGCUUCUCCUAGUUAUCAACACAAGUGGCGUCCGACCUUUGAAAAUUUGAGGGACUCUCCAAAUCUUGAGAAGCUAGUACCAUCUAUAGUGAGUCCGCCAGAGCUAGAGUUGAAGCCUUUGCCCGCACAUUUGCGAUAUGCAUUCUUAGGUAACUCUAAAACUCUUCCUGUUAUUAUUUCUUCUAAUCUUUCUCUCUUGGAAGAAGAGAAAUUGCUCCGUGUUCUCAGGGAAUACAAGAGUGCAAUUGGGUGGACCAUUGCGGAUAUUCGUGGCAUUAGCCCCUCUGUGUGCAUGCAUCGCAUUUUGAUGGAGGACGGAACUAAAGCCACUAGAGAGGGACAAAGAAGAUUAAAUCCAAACAUGAAAGAAGUUGUCCGGAGUGAGAUUUUGAAGCUCUUGGAUGUUGGCGUUAUUUAUCCUAUUUCUGAUUCCAAAUGGGUGAAUGCAGUUUUUCUAUUCGAUGAAGCUUGUAUGAGGGCAUUCGAUUUGUUGAAAGAGAAACUUACUACCGCUCCAAUUAUGAUGCCUCCGGAUUUUUCUUUGCCAUUUGAAAUUAUGUGCGAUGCUUCUGACUUUGCCAUUGGAGCAGUGCUUUGUCAACGAGUUGACAAGAAGUCUCAUGUUAUAUAUUAUUCAAAGUUUGAUUUGGAGAUUCGGGAUAAAAAGGGGUGUGAGAAUGUAGUUGCUGAUCAUCUCUCUCGGCUCGCUAUCAAGGAAAACGGUGAAAGAGAUAUGGAUUUCAAUGAGACCUUUCCAGAUGAGCAUUUAUUUGAGGUCGAGGAAGUUCCUUGGUAUGCAGAUAUCGUUAAUUAUCUGGUAAGCCGGAAGUUACCUCCGGGUAUGACCACACAUGAGAAAAACAAGUUUCUAUCCUCCAUCAAAUAUUACUAUUGGGAUGAUCCUUAUUUAUUCAGAUGUUGUCCUGAUCAGAUUAUCAGACGAUGUAUUCCGGUUAAUGAGCAAGAAAGUGUUCUUCACUUUUGCCACUCUCAUGUGUGGGCGGUUGAUUAUGUGAGUAAAUGGGUUGAAGCUCUACCGUGCAAAACCAAUGAUCAUGGUGUGGUUUUGCAUUUCUUGAAAAAUAUGAUCUUUGCAAGGUUUGGAACUCCAAGAGCUAUUAUUAGUGAUGGUGGAUCGCAUUUUUGCAACAAGUACUUUGAGAAGUUGAUGAAAAAAUGUGGGGUAACUCACAAGGUUGCUACACCUUACCACCCGCAAACGAGUGGCCAGGUGGAGAUAUCGAACCGGGAGAUCAAACAUAUUCUUGAGAAGACGGUUUCUUCUAGUAGAAAGGACUGGAGUAUUAAGCUUAAUGAUGCUCUUUGGGCUUAUCGGACUGCUUUUAAGACUCCUAUUGGCAUGUCUCCUUACCGGUUAGUCUUUGGGAAGCCUUGUCAUUUACCGGUAGAGCUGCAACAUCGAGCAUACUGGGCAAUCAAGGUUUUGAACUUUGAUCUCCAGGAAGCUGGCAAUAUGAGGAAGCUCCAACUUAAUGAGCUUGAUGAGCUGCGGAAUGACUCCUAUGAUAAUGCUAAAAUCUACAAGGAAAAGACCAAACUCUUUCAUGAUAAACAUAUCUCAAGGAAGGUAUUUGAACCAGGUCAAAAAGUCUUGCUGUAUAAUGCUCGCCUUCGAUUUUUUCCGGGAAAGCUUCGAUCAAGGUGGAGUGGUCCGUAUGAGGUGAUUAAAGUUCUUCCUUAUGGCUCUGUAUUUAUCAAGGACCCUCGCACAAGUUUUGAGCAGCAAGUAAAUGGUCACCGCCUCAAGCCCUAUUUUGAGACCUCUUUUGAUAUGGAAAAGUACAAGUUACGCUUGGAAGAUCCUCCAUCCCUUUGA